UUGUGUCCGAGAUUUUGUGAUUGAUAUUUUACAUUCUUUAGUUUUUGGUCCUUUUAUUAAGUAUAUAAUAUAAUUCUUCAAUCAUGUCUGAAAAGAAUCAUACUUCGCGGUUGUCCGCUUACAAAAACGCCGGUAUUGGAACUACUGAUCUCCGUCGCAAGCGUGCUGAGCUCAGUGUAGCGCUCCGCAAGCAGGCCCGAGAUGAGCAGCUCCUCAAACGCAGAGCCCUGUCUCCGGAGACCAAGGAUGAGGAUCUCCAGCCGGUUGAGAAGCUCCCGAGCCCGGCUGACAUUGUCAAAGGCCUCAAGUCUUCAGACUUGCCCCUGCAGACAUCAUCAGCUCGGGCAGCCCGUCGCAUCCUCUCCCGGGAACAGAACCCGCCCAUCACUUCCAUGGUGUCAGCCGGGGUCAUACCGCCACUCGUCGCCGCGCUAGAGAGAGAUGACUGUGUGGAUCUGCAGUUUGAAGCAGCCUGGGCCCUCACCAAUAUCGCGUCUGGGACGCAUGAUCAUACUAUGGCAGUUAUUGAAGGCGGCGCCAUCCCCAAGCUGGUGGCGCUGCUGGCGCGCGGGGGCUCGGUGGGCGAGCAGAGCGCGUGGGCGCUGGGCAACGUGGCGGGCGACGGGCCCGCGCCGCGCGACGCCGUGCUGCGCGCCGGCGCCCUGCCCGCGCUGUUGCCCAGCAUGGCGCCCGGGGCUACUCCCAGCACGCUCCGGACUGCCGUCUGGACCUACAGCAACUUCUGCAGAAACAAGAACCCUCUGGUAGCGUUCGAGCUAGUUGCUCCGGCUUUGCCCUUCGUCUCGGAUCUACUCGAAGUACAGGAUACUGAUGUGUUAGCGGACGCAUGCUGGGCCAUCUCGUACCUCACCGACGGUCCCAACGAGCGCAUCGAGGAGGUCCAAAUGACCCCCAACUUGCUGCAGCGCGUGGUCAGACUGUUGGACCAUAAGUCCGCCGCCGUCAAGACACCGGCGCUGAGGGCUGCCGGCAAUAUGCUCACGGGCUCCGAUGAACAGACCGACCGCUGCCUGGACGCUGGAUGUAUCAGCUACCUGCUGAAUCUGUUGAGCUGCGGCAAGUCUUCGUUAGUUAAGGAGGCAGCCUGGGCCGCUAGCAACAUCCUAGCUGGCACACAGAUUCAAAUACAGCGAGCGAUCGACCAGGGCAUGCUACCGAAACUGAUUUAUGUGCUGGCACAUGAAGAUGCCAAAUGUCAAAAAGAGGCGGCAUGGGCGAUCACCAACCUCUGCCUGGGUGGGAGCCCCGCGCAGCUGGACGCGCUCAUCUCCGCGGGCUUCCUGGAGCCCUACUGCGGCCUGCUCGCCGCCGCCGACCACCGCGCCGUCACGGUCGUGCUCGACGGACUCACUAACCUCAUGCAGGCGGCCGAAAAGUACGGCCAGGUGGAGCCACUGUGCAUCAAACUGGAAGAAAUCGGCGCCCUGGACAAGAUCGAAGCCCUGCAGACGCACGAGAACGAAUCGGUGUACAAGAAAACUCUGCACAUACUGGACACAUACUUCGCCGACAACGAAGACCAGAACGCGGCGCCGGAGCAGACCACCGAGGAAUACCAGUUCGGCACCAACCAGCCCAACAACAUCAACUUUUAA